CGCCCUGUCGUCAGUGAUCACGUGUUUCCUACUACGAUUUGCUGAAGUUUGACAAAAGUUUGACAAGCCCGAGGAACGUCGACAGAGAAGAUCCGAGGAUCAGAAGAGUCUGACGGACACACGUUCCUCCAAACUUACGGCCUGUGUUUCCGGAGCAACUAUGGAAGCUGUCGCCCAGAAAGUGCUGACUUCCGGAUUCUCACUUGAUUUGGGACCCCUGAAAGAGCCGUUGGCGUUUAUCCGCUUGUUACAAUGGGUGUUCUCCAUAUUUGCCUUCGCUACGACUGUAGGUUACAGUGGCACAACCAGCAUCAACGUCUCAUGCAAAGGGAGUGCGAAUAGUGAAGUACAAGCGGACUUUAACUACCCGUUCAGGUUGAUGCAGCAUCCCUAUGAAGUUCCGGACUGUGUAGUCAAUGCAACCACCACCACCACCACUACUCACUACCUGACAGGAGACCACUCAUCCUCGGCAGAGUUUUUCGUCGCUAUUGGAGUAUUGGCCUUUCUCUACUGCACUGCCACCCUAGUCCUGUACUUGGGCUUCCAGCACUUGUAUAGAGAAUCUAGUCGUGGUCCCCUUGUGGACCUGUUGGUGACUGCGGCCUUUGCUUUCCUGUGGUUGGCAUCAUCGUCUGCUUGGGCUAAAGGCUUGACCGAUGUCAAGUAUGCCACCAGCCCUUCAACCAUUAUUAUUCUUCCUGAUGUCUGCAAGAAUUCCAUCGCCACGUGCACCCCGGGCGCGACCCCUCACAUGGGCCGACUCAACGUUUCAGUGAUUUUUGGUUUUCUUAACCUCAUCCUGUGGAGCGGCAACUGCUGGUUCAUUUACAAGGAAACACCGUUCCACAAGUCGGCCGACCCGCCUGCAGAUGUGGAGGGGGCUGGUAGGCCAACGUAACUGCACAGCGUCCUCACCUCAAAACUGUCUACCAAGUAGUUUCAUUCAAUGAAUCAUUUUGGUACUAAUGUUAGGCUAAUAUUGUAGAACGUAAGAUACACAUUUCUAAAACCAACCGCUUCUUUUUUUUUUUGCAUGGUAUUCAUUUAUAUUUACGGCGGUGUAAUGUUAUUUCAAGGGGUAGUAGAAUUUGACUUAUUGGACUGAAAGCUACACAGGAAGUCGUACCAGUGGAAAAAAAUUGUUAUACUCCUAAAUGUUUGCAUUUUUUUAACACACACACACACACACACAUCUAAAUAUAGUUAUGCAUUGUUUGCUUAACUGCAGCAUCACUUUGUCAUUAUCUUAACUUUCAACAAGGUUUCUCUACCAUGUUUUUGUUUCCAAACACCAAAAAAGUCAGGGUUUUGAGUGUCAGAAUAAAAAAAUACCAAAUGAAUAUAAAAUAGUUGAAGUGCAUGUUUUGUUGACACAGUAUAGCCUGGAGACAAUAUUAGAGACACACCUUCUGUUUAAUCCUAAAACUUAAAGUAGCCAUCAGAGAAUCGUCGAUUCAAUGAUUAAAAUUUAAAUACCUUUUUUUUAAAUGAUUAAUUUGCCAUUAUGAGAUUAUUUAUAAAGUUGUCCACGCAGUUUUAUUUCAACACUUUUGUGGCAUAGUCAUUUUACUGUUGUGAAAUUAGAAAAAACAGCUGAAUGUCAUGUUUGGGGUGCAUAUAACUGUUAAGAGCAUUAUUGCUUUCUUUUGUUUGUUUAUUUACAUUUAAAGUUACUGCACUUAUUAAUUAAACAGUUUUUUUCCUGACAGGAUUUGUUUCAUUUGUUCUCAUAAUGUUUAAAUCAAAGGAACAAAAACCUGAGGUUCCCGAAAGUGUUACAGAUUUUGAAUACAACUGUUCUACACCGUUAACUAGCUGGUUACUCUUAGCAGAGUUUAUAAAAAUUGAGUGAUUUCUAACUAACUGCAUUCUUGUUUCUAUCUUGCUUUAGCCUGGCUUCUACCUCCACAUUGUUAUAGGCAAGGCAAGCUGUUUUCCCUGAUGAAGCCUUGUUUGUUUAAAAGUUCAAGUGUGCGCCUUCACUGUGUUGAUAAAAAUGUCACAUUGAAGAGACGGGAGUUCUUAUCACAAUCCACGAUUGGACACGUGGAUAUUUAAUGUAGUGUAUCAUUAAAAAUUAAGAACUGUA